GAGCCCCCGGCCCGCACCGCGCUGCUCCGAGGCGGGCGCCAGGAGACACUGCAGGCGUGGCGUUGCCGCGGGCUGCCGGGCUUGGCGCCGGUGCGUGCGCUGCUGCAGGAGGCCGGCCGGGACCCGGGAGCCGGAGUCAGCCCCAGGCAGAGCGGCGGCCCCUYGGUUCCAGCCACUGCAGGGCAUCAUGGCCGUGGAUGUGGCCGACGUGGCAGAAUACCACCUGAGCGUCAUCAAGAGCCCCCCUGGCUGGGAGGUGGGAGUCUACGCUGCAGGGGCCCUGGCCCUGCUGGGAAUCGCAGCUGUGAGCCUGUGGAAGCUCUGGACAUCGGGCAGCUUCCCCAGCCCCUCCCCAUUCCCAAAUUAUGACUACAGGUACCUUCAGCAGAAGUAUGGCGAGACCUCCGCGGAGGCCAGGCCAAAGACAAUGCCUGCCUGGAACACCCAUCGGGCCAGGACUCGGGGACCACCCAGUCGCAAGGGCAGCCUCAGCAUCGAGGACAACUUUGAGGCCAUCAGUGAGCUGGGGCCGCUGGAGCUGAUGGGCCGCGAGCUGGACCUGGCCCCCUAUGGGACCCUCCGGAAAUCCCAGUCRGCCGACUCCCUGAACUCCAUCUCCUCCGUGAGCAACACCUUCGGGCAGGACUUCACGCUGGGCCAGGUGGAGGUGAGCAUGGACUACGACCCAGCCUCCCACACCCUCCACGUGGCCGUGCUGCAGGGCAAGGACCUCCUGGAGCGCGAGGAAGCCAGCUUCGAGUCCUGCUUCAUGCGCGUGAGCCUGCUGCCYGACGAGCAGAUCGUGGGCAUUUCCAGGAUCCAGAGGAAUGCCUACUCCAUCUUCUUCGAUGAGAAGUUCUCCAUCCCGCUGGAUCCCACGGCCCUGGAGGAGAAGAGCCUGCGGUUUUCCGUGUUUGGCAUUGACGAGGAUGAGAGGAACGUCAGCACCGGGGUGGUAGAGCUGAAGCUCUCGGUACUGGACCUGCCCCUGCAGCCCUUCAGCGGCUGGCUCUACUUACAGGACCAGAACAAGGCUGCUGACGCAGUGGGAGAGAUCCUGCUGUCCCUCAGCUACCUGCCCACAGCUGAGCGCCUCACCGUGGUGGUGGUAAAGGCCAAGAAUCUUAUCUGGACCAACGACAAGACCACAGCAGACCCCUUUGUGAAGGUGUACCUGCUGCAGGAUGGGAGGAAGAUGAGCAAGAAGAAGACAGCCGUGAAGAGGGAUGACCCCAACCCAGUGUUCAACGAAGCCAUGAUCUUCUCGGUGCCAGCCAUUGUGCUCCAGGACCUAUCUCUCCGUGUGACAGUGGCUGAGAGCAGCAGUGACGGCCGUGGGGACAACGUGGGCCACGUUAUCAUCGGGCCAUCAGCCAGUGGCAUGGGCACCACACACUGGAACCAGAUGCUGGCCACACUGCGCAGGCCUGUGUCCAUGUGGCACCCUGUCCGGCGAAACUAGCAGCCAGGGCAGGCCAGGAGGACGGCGGAGCCUCUAGAGCCUGGUGCCCACUCACUCUAUCCAAUGCCCUCUCCAUUGACCAGCUGGAGCUGCGGACACUAGGGUACCCUGAGGGAGUCCCCAUCAGCCAACUUGGACCCUCUGUCUGGGAACCCAGGGUCUUCUGCUGCGGACCAGCUAUGGCUGGGCCGGGGCCCAGAGGGGGCAGCUGACACUGGCCAAUUGUGCACCACCUCCAGAUCCUCAUGAGGCCUGUCCUUGGUGUGCAGGGACUUGGCCUCUCAGAGCUGGCAAGCCCCACCCCCACCUCCUGGGAGGCCAGUGACAAGCCGUGCACUGGGCCCCCCCCCCAAGAAUCUUGGGGGCCAGACACUGUGCUAGGAACUGGCAGGGGAAACACGAACAAGACACAGGUCCCUGGGCCGUCAGGAAGUCAAAAUCCCCCUGCCCCAGGUAAUCUGCCCAGUGCCAAAUGACAGCAGGCUCUUGGGGAGAGGCUCCUGGGGCUGGGGGAACUUGGAGGGCCCCUUAGACAAGGAAGGAGCUGCAUUUAGGGGUAGGAGCGGCCUGAGUGUCUCAGGCAGGGGGCACAGCAAGGCACUGGCAAGGACAGGAACUUCCCAUCACAAACUUGGUUCUCAGCCCCCUGCUGGGCCACAGGGGCCUCUCUGGGGACUGUAGAAGAGACCCAGAGACCAGGUCCAAACSGAAGUCUAUGGGCCAAAUGGAGGCUCCAGGAUUAUUCUCUGUGAAAUCUCCUUCCCUUUAUCCUCAUCCAUUGCAGGAGCCAGAGGUCCACAGAGACCCAGACCCAGGUCCUCGGGCUGCUCCCAUGCAAAUCAGUCAUUGGAUCCAGAUGUUUGCUGGCGUCCCUCAGCAUGGGCCCUGUGGGGAAGAGAGAUGCUUUAGGUAGCCUGGUUCCCACGCCCAGACCACUGGGCAUCCCGGCUCAAGCUCCCCAACACUGUGGCUUCAGGAAUCAUCCAGUCGCAGCCUGUUGGCUGGGGAAGCUCUGGAGGGAGGAGUGGCACCCCCAACCCAGGGUCCUGUCCAGAAGCAAAGGGACUGGGCUGCUACAUCCCCAGGUGCAGUGAGGGUGUCCUGCCCCUCCAGGUGUCACAGGAUGAGGAGGCAGCUCUGCAGCUUUAAAGGGAUGACUGGGGGCAGGGUGGUCAGGGUACAGAGCUGCAGUGCCAUCUCUGAAGCCACCCACAGAUGACAGGGGCACUGCCUCUUCCUCAGCUCUGGUGAGCUGUGGAGACCCAGGUCCAACCAGCUACUGCUGAUGACAUGGAGGUAGGAGUGGCUAGAACAGUGCCCAGAAGGGUCAUGGGCUGGAGGCAGGACACACUUAACACAACCAGGACCCAGCCUGAGGCCAGGCUGUCCACCCUUGGCCAGCACCACAGGGCCAGGGGACACACCCCCUGGCUUUGCAGUGCAGGCCAUGUCUUCCCACCUGCUCCUUUCCCCUCUCCCUCCCUCUAACUGCAUGACAUGUGGACUGUGUACCCAGGUGGCCAUGGUGGCGAUGGAGAAUGCUGACUGGAAUGAUUCUA